GAAAAGCUGGUCACAUCGCGUACUGCGGCAGAGCCAGAAACGAGGAAGAUUCUCCGGUAGUCAGCAAACCAUUUUUCUGUCGUUAAACGGAUCAAGCUUUUUGUGAAACUUGGAUCGAUCACAAAAAGCGGGAUUCGCUUUUCGCAUAGGAAUUGGCCUGUCAGGGAGGCAGAUCAUUUGUACAGAUCGUUCAAAAAUUGUCACAAAAAUGGAAGAAAUGCAUCAACCACAACAGGUUGGGCCUAAUGCAAUGGCCAGUGUAGGUGUCGUUUCGAACCAUUCGAAUAACGUUAAUCGGCGUAAAAGAGUUCGAUUGUCGUUACACAAUUUGAUAAUGGAAAAACUUCCGAUAAGUGAGGCCGCUCAAUUGGAGAUGAAGUCAAUGCCGAACAAAACGCCAGUUUCUAUUCUUCAGGAAUUGCUUUCUCGUAGGGGCACGACACCAAAGUAUGAGUUAAUACAAGUUGAAGGUGCUAUCCACGAGCCUAUUUUCCGUUACCGCGUCACCGUUGCUGACAUUAUUGCAGACCUAAUGGUUUCAGCAAUGGGGACUGGGAAAUCAAAGAAAGAAGCGAAGCACGCUGCUGCUAGAGCUGUACUGGAUAAACUGUGCAGACUAAAUAGUGAAUCACCGGACUCUCCGCUACAAAAUAACAUACCAGAUAGUUCUGAGAGCUUGCAAGAGUUGCCAGGAUACGGCGAAGAAAAAAUAAUUACAAACCCGAUUGGAGCGUUACAAGAAAUGUGCAUGUCGCGUCACUGGCCUCCACCAAAGUAUACAAUAGAAAAUGAAGAAGGUUUGCCGCACGAAAGGCAAUUCACGAUCGUCUGUUCGAUUUUAAAAUAUCGCGAAGUUGGACAAGGGAAAAGCAAGAAAGUCGCGAAGAGACAUGCGGCCCAUAAAAUGUGGCAAGCUUUGCACGAUAUGAAUAAUGAAAACCCAAAUUUAGACGACGACGAGGUUUUGCAAAGAAAUGCAAACAUGAGUGCCCAUUACGCUGAUUUGAAGGGUAGCAAAAUUUCAACACUAACUACUAUUCAUAGUCUUAAGGUUUCACAAUUUCAUAAAACUCUGAAGUCGUCCAGCGGCGUUAAACUGUUUGAAUUGCAGAACACUUGUUUGAAUGAUGGCGACGUGAAUUUGGUACAAUUUUUGCAAGAAAUUGCCUCGGAACAGCAAUUCGAAGUGACUUAUGUUGACAUUGAAGAGAAGUCUAUCAGCGGUAAAUGCCAGUGCCUUGUGCAAUUGUCCACUCUACCAGUGGCAGUCUGUUACGGUUGCGGUGUUACUAGUAAGGAUGCUCAAGCCAGCGCUGCUCAAAACGCUCUAGAAUAUUUGAAGAUCAUGACCAAAAAGUGAGCCAGCGCUUCGUUCCUGCCAG